AUGAACCCUCGGAUUAACUGGGAAACCGGCGAACUAGAUUACAAUUGGAGAAAACCCACUGUCGAAACAGUCCGAGAUGACGAACCAAAGGUCAAAAAGGCGGCAAAUGCCCCCUAUAUCGGACCGAUUGACGAUAAUGGACGAUCCUGGGAAAAUAACGAUCCAGAACAUCCGGAAAAUCAAGUUAAACCAGGAGACCCAGAACUAGGAAUUCAUGAUUACAGGAUCAAACUGGAGGACAGCGAAUUGCUUAUCUCAUAUAUCCAAGGUGAACCGGUGCUGGCAAUCUUUGACCCGCAAGGUGAUACAGCAACUCCUGAAUGCCCAACUCGAGGCGGUGAAAAACCCACCUCAGGACCCUGUAUAGGUCGGAUAACGAGGGAUACACGAUUUGGGCGAUUUAGUAUCGCACAAAACACUUGGCUAUGUAACACCGGCACGGAUACGCUGCUCUACAAGGCUAGCGGAAAAUCGCAAGAAUUGGUACAAGAAGCAAUCCAAAAGGCAGGAGGAGCAAAGAAGAAGCUCGAAGAGCUCAUCCUCUCCUACCUGAUGGGGUACAAAGAUGUCUUCGAAAAGAAAGCGGCAGAACGGUUCCCGAGCUCACAGGCAUGGGACCAUGCUAUCGAUUUAAAACCAGAAUUCGUACCAAAAGACUGCAAGAUUUACCCCCUAUCCCCUAAAGAGCAGAUGGCACUCGAUGAAUUCCUAGAUGAGAAUACACGAAAAGGAUAUAUUCGACCAUCGAUAUCGCCAAUGGCAUCCCCUUUCUUCUUCGUGGGAAAAAAGGAUGGGAGCCUUAGGCCUUGCCAAGAUUAUCGAUACUUGAAUGAAGGAACGGUCAAGAACACCUACCCACUCCCUCUGAUCACAGAACUCCUCAACAAACUCAAGGGAGCACACUAUUUUACAAAAAUGGACCUUCGAUCUGGGUAUAACAAUGUACGGAUCAAAGAUGGCGAUCAGUGGAAAGCAGCAUUCAAGACAAAUCGAGGACUAUACGAACCAACGGUGAUGUUUUUCGGACUUUGCAACUCCCCGGCGACGUUUCAGAAGAUGAUGAACGAAAUCUUUAAGGACCUGAUCGAUGAAGGAUGGAUGAUCAUCUACAUGGACGACAUCCUCAUCUUCUCGAAUAACAUGGAAGAACAUCAACAGUGUACACUUCGAGUCCUAGAACGACUCAAGCAAAAUGAUCUGUUCGUCAAACCGGAAAAAUGCACAUUCGACUCCCAAGAAGUGGAAUACCUUGGGAUGAUCAUACGUCCGGACCAUAUUGGAAUGGACCUGAUCAAGUUGAAAGGAAUCCAGGACUGGUCAGAACCAACAACGGUGAAGGCCAUCCGUGCAUUCAUUGGUUUUGCGAACUUCUACAGGAAGUUUAUCGAUCAUUAUUCCGAGAUAGUACGACCGCUCACUGAUCUCAUGAUGACGACAAAGAAAUCGAUAUGGGAAUGGACCCCCAACUGCCAACAAGCGUUUGAUACGCUCAAAGCAAAGUUUGUCUCGGCCCCCGUGCUCCUCAUGCCAGACAAGACGAAACCUUUUAUCAUCGAGUCCGAUGCCUCGCUUGUGGCUACAGGAGCGGUGUUAAGACAAACUGAUGUCAACGAAGACCUCCACCCAUGUGGCUAUUUGUCAAAAUCGUUUAACCCAGCCGAACGGAACUACGAGAUCUAUGACAGAGAACUAUUAGGAAUCGUUCGUGCCCUUGAAGAAUGGCGCCAUUACCUCGAUGGCUCUCCUCAUCCGAUAGUAAUACACAGCGAUCACAAAAACCUGACCUACUACCGGACAGCCCAGAAGCUGAACAGACGCCAAGCGCGAUGGAAUCUUUUCUUAUCCCAAUUUGAACUCCAGUUGGUGCACGUCCCAGGAACGCAAAUGAUACAGUCGGACACCCUAUCUCGGUUGCUUGGAAAGGGUGACCGAGAUCAUGAUAACGAAGAUCGUAUCCUCCUCUCAGAAGCAUUGUUCGUGCAUUUGAUAUCAACACAAUUAUACCAAGAUAUUCGCACACAUUCGAUUAAAGAUCAAAUUGUUCACGAUGCGCUCCAAGCCUUGCAGCACAAAGGACCACCACCAAUGAAAUCUGCCCUCGAUGAUUGGAAAAUCACCGACGGGCUUGUCCAAUACCGAGGACGCGUAUAUGUACCCCCAGUACAACCUCUCCGACGUGAUAUUAUCAAGUUGUACCAUGACACACCGGCCAUGGGACACCCGGGUUCUUACAAAAUCCUUGAACUUGUCCGACGUGAUUUCUGGUGGCCAGGACUUUACUCUGCAGUGUGCGCCUAUGUGGAAGGAUGUGCAGGGUGCCAACAGAUGAAGAUCAAUACGCACCCCACUAAAUCUCUUCCAAUGCCUAUACCAGCAACCCCGAACGCCUUGCCAUUUUCCUGUUCCUCAGUCGACUUCAUCACAGACCUACCAGUAUCACGUGGUUUUGACUUUCUCAUGGUCGUGGUAGACCAUGACCUUACGAAGGGGGUAAUUCUUUGCCCUUGCUUGAAGACGGUCACGGCGGAUCAAAUGGCAAAACUUUUCCACGAAAAAGUUUAUUCCCGAUUCAGACUCCCAGACAAACUGAUUUCCGAUAGAGGAACACAAUUCGCAUCACACGUAUUCCAAGAACUAUGCAGGAUAUUAGGAAUCAGGUCCUCGAUGAGUACAGCCUACCACCCUCAGUCAGAUGGAGAAACGGAGCGCAUUAACCAGGAACUAGAAGUGUACCUCCGACUCUACUGCAGUAACAACCCCAAGUCAUGGGUAGACCGACUACCGGACCUCAAAUUCUGCCAUAACACACGCGAACACUCAGCGCGGAAGAUGUCGCCAUUCCGCAUGAUGAUGGGAUACGAACCACGCGGAAUCCUGUCGGUACUCCCUAGGACAAAUGUACCCUCGGUGGAAACUUGGCUAUCUGAACUCCAGAAGAUUCGAGAUGAGGCUCUAGCCAUGCAUGAGCUAGCAAGACAGCAUAUGGCAGAACGGAUCAGGAAGGGCUCACCACACUUCGCAAAGGGUCAGAAGGUCUGGCUCGACACAAAGAACCUGAACAUUGGGUACCCGACACGGAAGAUGGCUCCGAAACGUGAAGGCCCCUUUAUUAUUGAAGAAUGUAUAGGCCCAGUGGACUACCGCCUGACCCUACCACGAGGAUUGAGAAUCCACCCCGUAUUCCACACCAGCCUUCUAUCACCUUACAAAGAAAUGGAGAUUCACGGCCUGAAUGAUACGAGACCACCGCCUGACCUUAUCGAAGAGCACGAGGAAUACGAAGUCGAAGCAAUCCUAAACCACCGACAAAGAUACGGUCGGACCCAAUACCUGGUCAAGUGGAAAGGAUACGCUUCUGCCGAGAACUCAUGGGAACCCGAAGCGAAUCUGACAAAUGCCAAGGGGCUACUAGGGGAAUACAAAAGGUGA